GCUCGAUGUUACUUCCGGGUUUGCCUUAUUUUCUUGACGGGCAGAUAGAUUCUUUGUUGUUUUGAGUUAUUGGGUAUUUAUUUCAAAAUGAACCGUAUUUUCGGUCGAGGAAAACCGAAGGGACCACCACCAAAUCUAACGGAAUGUAUAGGAAAUGUAAGUAUAUGGAAAUAACUUAAUCAGAGCAGUGUCUUUGACAAACAAACAAAAUAACUUGGCAUGCUGGCUGGCUAACGGUAACUAGCUUGCUACUGUAGCUGGAUGACAGCUGAUUGUUCUAGAAACAAUGGGAGAGAGUUAUGGCCUGCAUGACAGCCCAUUUGAUAUCUAUAGUUUAUAGAAUACUGUUUAGCUACAUACUUUUCAGCAUGGUAUUGAAAGUUAGUUUGAUUAGCCUUGUAAUAUUGUCGUAGUUGCUAAGCUAACUUGCCUAAUUAGCUAGAUGGCCAAUUGACUAAAGUUCAGUAAGGUGAUGCUGGUUUUCCACUGUCUGUAGGCUAAAACAGUGGUUCCCAACCAGGGGUACUAGGCCUAUCCACAGGGGGUACUUGAGAACACUCAUGAGACCAUAGGCUUAUUGGUAAAAUGCACAUGAGGGGGUACUUCAGGGGUACUCCGGGCAGAGAGAAAUUCAGCUGGUGGUACAGUAACUGAAAAAGGUUGGGAACCACUUGGCUAAAAGGUGUAGUUCCUUCAACCAACCAGUUUUACAGGUUUGACCACAUUAGGUAUUUAGCUAGUGCCAUUGACUGUAAAAAUGAAAGAAAAUUCUUCAUUGAUUAUUUGAUCAUUAUAAUAACUUGUACAUGUAUUUGAAUAACUUUUUCUGAUAUCACAAAAUGUUAUUACAAAGACUUCAGACUCAUACAAGAGUAUUGAGGUAUGUAGGUGCUUUUAGCAACGGGAUGUAUUAACAUACACAAGCGUUGCUUUCAAUUAUAUUGGGUUGCACAAAAACAGUCAGUGGGAAGCCAGAAGUAAAAUUCAAUUUCAAUUUACUGUGCGGUCAUUAUGAUGGGGGAAGUUUUAGACAAAAUAUCUAAAGGAUCAUUUUAUUAAACAGACUUUCUAAACGGGGGUCUGUUGUAGACCCACUUCCUCUCUGCUUACCUCAUGUCAAAAUAAAAGUCCUGCACGAGCCAAAUGUGGACAAAAAUAUAUAUAAUUUGUGGGGGACUUUUAGAUAUUUUGUCUCAAAUUCCCCCGUCUUAAUGACCAACAAAGUAAGUGGAAAUGGAAUUGUAUUUAACUUCUGGCUUCCCACAGACUGUUUUUGUGCAACCCAAUACAAUUCAAAGCAACGCUAAUGUAUGUAAAUACACCCGCGUUGCAAGAAGAACCUAUGACAGGGUUCCCCAACUGGCAGCCCGCGGGCUGAAUUUGGCCCCCGCGUGGUUUUAUUUGGCCCCCCCCAAAAUAAAAUAAUACAUACAUACAUACAUACAUACAUACAGUGCUUUCGGAAAGUAUUCAGACCCCUUGGCUUUUUCCACAUUUUGUUACGUUGCAGCCUUAUUCUAAAAUGGAUUAAAUAAAAAAAUAUCCUCAGCAAUCUACACACAAUAUGCCAUAAUGACAAAGUGAAAACAGGUUUUUAGAAAUGUUUGAUUAAAAAUAGAAACAGAAAUACCUUAUUUACGUAAGUAUUCAGAUCCUUUGCAAUGAGACUCAAAAUUGAGCUCAGGUGCAUCCUGUUUCUGUUGAUCAUCCUUGGUAUGUUUCUACAUCUUGAUUGGAGUCCACCUGUGGUAAAUUCAAUUGAUUAGAUAUGAUUUGGAAAGGCACACACAUGCCUAUACAGUGGGGAGAACAAGUAUUUGAUACACUGCCGAUUUUGCAGGUUUUCCUACUUACAAAGCAUGUAGAGGUCUGUAAUUUUUAUCAUAGGUACACUUCAACUGUGAGAGAGACGGAAUCUAAAACAAAAAUCCAGAAAAUCACAUUGUAUGAUUUUUAAGUAAUUAAUUUGCAUUUUAUUGCAUGACAUAAGUAUUUGAUCACCUACCAACCAGUAAGAAUUCCGGCUCUCACAGACCUGUUAGUUUUUCUUUAAGAAGCCCUCCUGUUCUCCACUCAUUACCUGUAUUAACUGUACCUGUUUGAACUCAUUACCUGUAUAAAAGACACCUGUCCACACACUCAAUCAAACAGACUCCAACCUCUCCACAAUGGCCAAGACCAGAGAGCUGUGUAAGGACAUCAGGGAUAAAAUUGUAGACCUGCACAAGGCUGGGAUGGGCUACAGAACAAUAGGCAAGCAGCUUGGUGAGAAUGCAACAACUGUUGGCGCAAUUAUUAGAAAAUGGAAGAAGUUCAAGAUGACGGUCAAUCACCCUCGGUCUGGGGCUCCAUGCAAGAUCUCACCUCGUGGGGCAUCAAUGAUCAUGAGGAAGGUGAGGGAUCAGCCCAGAACUACAUGGCAGGAUCUGGUCAAUGACCUGAAGAGAGCUGGGACCACAGUCUCAAAGAAAACCAUUAGUAACACACUACGCCGUCAUGGAUUAAAAUCCUGCAGCACACGCAAGGUCCCCCUGCUCAAGCCAGCGCAUGUCCAGGCCCGUCUGAAGUUUGCCAAUGACCAUCUGGAUGAUCCAGAGGAGGAAUGGGAGAAGGUCAUGUGAUCUGAUGAGACAAAAAUAGAGCUUUUUGGUCUAAACUCCACUCGCCGUGUUUGGAGGAAGAAGAAGGAUGAGUACAACCCCAAGAACACCAUCCCAACCGUGAAGCAUGGAGGUGGAAACAUUAUUCUUUGGGGAUGCUUUUCUGCAAAGGGGACAAGACGACUGCACCGUAUUGAGGGGAGGAUGGAUGGGGCCAUGUAUCGCGAGAUCUUGGCCAACAACCUCCUUCCCUCAGUAAGAGCAUUGAAGAUGGGUCGUGGUUGGGUCUUCCAGCAUGACAACGACCCGAAACACACAGCCAGGGCAACUAAGGAGUGGCUCCGUAAGAAGCAUCUCAAGGUCCUGGAGUGGCCUAGCCAGUCUCCAGACCUGAACCCAAUAGAACAUCUUUGGAGGGAGCUGAAAGUCCGUAUUGCCCAGCGACAGCCUUAAACCUGAAGGAUCUGGAGAAGGUCUGUAUGGAGGAGUGGGCCAAAAUCCCUGCUGCAGUGUGUGCAAACCUGGUCAAGACCUACAGGAAACGUAUGAUCUCUGUAAUUGCAAACAAAGGUUUCUGUACCAAAUAUUAACUUCUGCUUUUCUGAUGUAUCAAAUACUUAUGUCAUGCAAUAAAAUGCAAAUUAAUUACUUAAAAAUCAUACAAUGUGAUUUUCUCGAUUUUUGUUUAGAUUCCGUCUCUCACAGUUGAAGUGUACCUAUGAUAAAAAUGACAGACCUCUACAUGCUUUGUAAGUAGGAAAACCUGCAAAAUCGGCAGUGUAUCAAAUACUUGUUCUCCCCACUGUAUAUGGUCCCACAGUGCAUGUCAGAGCAAAAACCAAGCCAUGAGGUCGAAGGAAUUUUCCGUAGAGCUCCGAGACAGGAUUUUGUCGAGGCACAGAUCUGGGGAAGGGUACCAAAAAAUGUCUGCAGCAUUGAAGUUCCCGAAGAACACAGUGGCCUCCAUAAUUCUUAAAUGGAAGAAGUUUGGAACCACAAAUACUAUUUUUCUAGAGCUGGCCGCCCGGCCAAACUGAGCAAUCAGGGGGAGAAGGGCCUUGGUCAGGGAGGUGACAAAGAACCCGAUGGUCACUCUGACAGAGCACUAGUGUUCCUCUUUGGAGAUGGGAGAACCUUCCAGAAGGACAACCAUCUCUGCAGCACUCCACCAAUCAGGCCUUUGUUAGAGUGGCCAGACGGAAGCCACUCCUCAGUAAAAAGCACAUGACAGCCCGCUUGGAGUUUGCCAAAAGGCAUCUAAAGACUCUCAGACCAUGAGAAACAAGAUUCUCUGGUCUGAUGAUAUCAAGAUUGAACUCUUUGGCCUGAAUGCCAAGCGUCACGUCGGGAGGAAACCUUGCACCAUCCCUACGGUGAAGCAUGAUGGUGGCAGCAUCAUGCUGUGGGGAUGUUUUUCAGCGGCAGAGACUGGGAGGACUAGUCAGGGUCAAGGCAAAGAUAAACGGAGCAAAGUAUAGAGAGAUCCUUGAUGAAAACCUGCUCCAAAGCGCUCAGGACCUCAGACUGGGGUGAAGGUUCACCUUCCAACAGGCUAACGACCCUAAGGACACAGCCAAGACAACGCAGGAUUGGCUUCGGGACAAGUCUCUGAAUGUCCUUGAGUGGCCCAGCUAGAGCCCGGACUUGAACCUAAUCGAACAUCUCUGGAGAGACCUGAAAAUAGCUGUGUAGCAACGCUCCCCAUCCAACCUGACAGAGCUUGUAGUGUCAUACCCAAGAAGAAGACUGUAAGGCUGUAAUCGCUGCCAAAGGUGCUUCAACAAAGUACUAAGUAAAGGGUCUGAAUAGUUAUGUAAAUGUGAUAUUGCAGUUUAUUUUAUUUUAUAAACUUGCAAAAUUUUCAAAAAAACGGUUUUUGCUUUGUCAUUAUGGGGUAUUGUGUGUAGAUUGAUGAGAAAAAUAACUAUUCAAUCCAUUUUAGAAUAAGGCUGCAACGUAACAAAAUGUGGAAAAAGUUAAGGAGUCUCAAUACUUUCCGUAUAUAUUUUGGGGAAUUUUCAUUGUACGUAAAAGAGUGUAAAAACACCACUUAUUUUUAUUUUGAAAAUCUGUUCCCAAGUAUUCCCACGCAUAAUACAGAGACACGUGAUCGUAUACAAAUGUAAGCAAGGUUUGAAAUGAUCAUGUAUUUGUCAAAUAUUGUAUCUGUUUGUGAUUCUUGCGAUCAAAUUGCAGUCUACAAAUGAUUUGUAAUUAUGUUCCGACCAUCCGCUCACCAAAACAUCGGCCUGCGGCUGAAUCCCUGAUGUAUGAGUUAUGAAAACAGUCUGCCUGGCUAACUCGUUACUCCCACUCUUUCUCUCUUUUUAAGGUUGACUCACGAGCGGAGUCUAUUGACAAGAAGAUUGAUAGACUAGAUGUUGAACUGGUCAAGUACAAGGAUCAGAUGAAGAAGAUGAGAGAUGGCCCUUCAAAGGUAAGAGUGAAGGCCUGCACUGAGUGAAGCAGACUGUGAUAGUAGACAUGUUUACCAGUCAAUCAUUCUAUUAUGCCAACCAGGUCUCAGAGCAUUUCGUAUUAUUAUUUACAUAAAUCCGAGAACACGCCAUUUAGUAUGAUGCGUUACGUUUUAUAUGGUAUGUAUUAAUUUGUGGAUGUCCAUCACCCAUUUCGUAUGAUAUGUUACAAGUUACAAUUAGUAUUUUAUGUUACGAAUUUGCAAAACGUAUAAUAUUUUACGAAUUUGCAAAGCGUAUGUUAUGUUACGAAUUCUAGCUAGGUGGCUAACAUUAGCUAUCUGGCUAACGUUAGCAAGGCUAGGGGUUAAGGUCAAUGUUCCCUCUAAGCUGCGCUCGUGCUCGGCCUCGCACCACCUCCAGGACUGCCACGCAGAAGAAAUGCCAUGCCACGCAGAGACGCAAGUUCGCCCCAUUAGUUUGCACUAUAUAGAUUAAUGUUUUUUCUGUGAUCUAAUUAACAUUAUAUCAGCCCCUUUUCAAUGCAACAAACCAAAACAAAUCUAACUUUGCAAGAUUGUGUCUGUGAUUUUGUUGUCGACAGAGCCAGAGCGCAACGGAGUAUAAUUCUAUUGGCGGGGGUAGCCCACGAGCGGUCUUUCAAUCACCUGCGAGUGAAUGCGCUUUUCAGAUCAGAGCGCAGAGCCGCGGGUGUGCACAUUUGUUGAUAUUCUUUGCUAGUUAGCGAGUUAUUAGCCCAGUUAUACAUAAGUAUAGGUCAGCAAUGGGGAGUUAAUGCUUCCUACAAGAGCACAAAACGUGUAGGCCACAUUUCAAGCUGUCUUUUAAAAGCCAGUCAGGUAAAAAGCUUACAUCUUAAUUAAAGGGGCAGUGUUGUAUUUUGAGACAGGCUUGAAUAUGCAAAUAAGCCAAUAGGCAGAGAGGUAGCCUACAUUGUCUAAUUCUCUGUAUGGUAAUAAUAAUUAAUUGUAUUUUGUAAAGUGGUUUCUUGCAUAAUAAAACACAAUACAAUGCAAUUUACAGCCACCUAUUUGGCCCAUGGUGUUACAGAGCAAGUAAAAAAUAAUUAAUAUCAAGCCCUUCAUAAUGUAAAAACGUUUUUAAAAGUCUCAUGCAAUGUAGGCCUGCAUUGAACACCACAUAUAGGCUACUGUAGGCUAUAUCAUAGAAAUCAAAGCUAUUUCCAUGUGGAAAAUGUUAUGCGAUUUGCUCCAAUGGUUUUGUUGGUAGGCCUACAUAAUGCUCAAAUAGCCACAAUAGCCUAUUGGCUACUGUCUAAAACUGUAAGAGUACAGCCUCAGUGUUCACUCUAAACGUGUGCCAGAAGUUGCACAAAAUUCUCACAACGUUCAAGUUUCCGCUCACAAGAGCCAAAAAUUUGCUCAGUGCCCCAAAACAUUAGAGGGUAAAACUGGUUAAGGUUAGGAGUUAGGUUAAAGGGUUAGGGAAAGGGUUAGCUAAAGUAGUAAGUAGUUGAACAUUUGCUAAUAACCUAAAAUGCUAAAGCUAUCCGUGUUGAGAUUCGAACUCGCAACCUUUUGGGUUGCUAGAUGUUCACGUUAUACGCCCACCCAGCCACCCUACUUUCGUUUUUACCUUAAGUAACCAUCUGUCUUAUGUAACCAUACCAAACAUAAUAUAUAAUACUAAUAUAUAUUAUUAUCCCACCAAAGCUCGACUCCCGAGUGGCGCAGUGGUCUAAGGCACUGCAUUGCAGUGCUAGCUGUGCCACUAGAGAUCCUGGUUCGAGUCCAGGCUCUGUCGCAGCCUGCCGAGACCGGGAGACCCAUGGGCGGCGCACAAUUGGUCCAGCGUCGUCCAAGGUAGGGGAGGGUUUGGCCGGCAGGGAUGUGGGUUUGUUUCCGACGGGGGGGCCAGUAUGACAAAAAACAAACUGUAAGUCGCUCUGGAUAAGAGCGUCUGCUAAAUGACUAAAAUGUAAAUGUAAAUCCCAGAUUUACCUUUACUGUGUUACGUCUAGUCUAUGAGACUAGGCUGAUUAUACAUGUAAUGCUCUUCUGGGGAAUUCAACCUGAGUUAAGUGCAAGUAAAUUAACGAAAUUCCCUUUUUUUAUGCACUUUUCUCUCUACGCGUGAGAAUAGCACCCACCAUUUGUUUAAGUUGGAGAUUAAAGAAAUGAAGGUGUGGCGGAGGUGUGUCUGCAGAUACGCCUUAUUCCUCAUAAUUCAACCACCUUUACGUGCGAUGAAACGAUAAAUAAGGUCGAGCAACCUAUCGGUUCCAAGUGGAACAACAUCUACUUAAUUUUUUCCGAUAGAAUGACACCAUUCUCCAUUAACUGUAAUUUCCUAAUUGAUAAGAGCUAUUAAUAAGAGCUAGGUAAAUGAGUAAACCAUUUGGAUAAAGGAAUUGUAAAAAUACAUCACACAUGGGAAACCAGUCAUAUGGCAGCAAACUAAAGCACACACUACAUGACCAAAAGUAUGUGGACAGCUGCUCAUCAUAAAUCUCAUUCCAAAAUCAUGGGCAUUAAUAUGGAGUUAGUCCCCCCUUUACUGCUAUAACAGCCUCCACUCUUCUGGGAAGGAUUUCCACUAAGAUGUUGAAACGUUGCUGUGGGGACUUGCUUCCAUUCAGCCACAAGAGCAAUAGUGAGGUCGGGCAUUGAUGUUGGGCGAUUAGGCCUGGCUCACAGUCGGCGUUCCAGUUCAUCCCAAAGGUGUUCGAUGGUGUUGAGGUCAGGGUUCUGUGCAGGCCAGUCAAGUUCUUCCACACUGAUCUUGACCAUUUCUGUAUGGACCUUGCUUUGUGUACGGGGGCAUUGUCAUGCUGAAACAGGAAAGGGCCUUCCCCAAACUGUUGCCACAAAGUUGGAAGCAGGGUAUUGUCUAGAAUGCAAUUGUAUGCUGUAGCGUUAAGAUUUACUUCACUGGAACUAAGGGGCCUACCCCGAACCAUGAAAAACAGCCCCAGACCAUUAUUCCUCCUCCACCAAACUUUACAGUUGGCACUAUGCAUUGGGGCAGUUAGCGUUCUCCUGGCAUCCACCAAACUCAGAUUCGUCUGUCGGAUUGCCAGAUGGUGAAGCGUGAUUCAUCACUGCAGAGAACACAUUUCCACUGCUCCAGACUCCAAUGGCAGUGAGCUUUACACCACUUCAGCCGACGCUUGGCAUUGCACAUGGUGAUCUUAGGCUUGUGUGCGGCUGCUCGGCCAUGGAAACCCAUUUCAUGAAGCUCCCAACGAACAGUUAUUGUGCUGACGUUGCUUCCAGAGGCAGUUUGGAACUCGGUAGUGAGUGUUGCAACCGAGGACAGACAAUUUUACGCACUUCAGCACUCGGCGUUACCGUUCUGUGAGCUUGUGUGGCCUACCACUUCGUGACUGAGCCGUUGUUGCUCCUAGACGUUUCCACUUCACAAUAACAGCACUUACAGUUGACCGGGGCAGCUCUAGCAGGACAGAAAUUUGACAAACUGACUUGUUGGGAAGGUGGCAUCCUAUGACGGUGCCACGUUGAAAGUCACUGAGCUCUUCAUUAAGGCCAUUCUACUGCCAAUGUGUGUCUAUGGAGAUUGCAUGGCUGUGUGCUCGAUUUUAUACACCUGCCAACAACAGGUGUGGCUGAAACACCCGAAUCCACUAAUUUGAAGGGGUGUCCACAUACUUUUGGCCAUGUAGUGUAUCAACAUCACCCGUUAUGCACCUGCAUAAGGUAAGUCUGAAUACUAACUACUGGAAGUGUGUAGUAAAGGCGUGCAUAUGAAAGGAAUACAUUUCCUAAGUGUGAAUCGGACCCUUAAAACACAAGUUUGUCACUGUGGGGGCAUGGGCCAUCUGCAUCCUCCCUCUACAGUUCCACUUGUUCUUAGGGGUUGUUUGGAACAUUAUACAUGUAUGUCUGUCCAUCCAUGUGGACAGACAUACAGUAUAUCAGUAUUAAUGCCUUAUGUUGUGUAAAUUGUGUUUCCUGGUUAUGUUUUCAUCAGAACAUGGUCAAGCAGAAGGCAAUGAGAGUGCUGAAGCAGAAGAGAAUGUGAGUCAUUUAUGAAAGCAGUCUGCCAAUGCAUGAAACACCUCCAAUCAAUCAGGACCAACAUCACAGUAACACUGAUGAACCACAUAAUGAGCUGUAAACCAGUCAAAUGAGUACAUCAUAACAUCUUCAUUGAUAGAGGUUAUCAUUUGAAUCGUGAUGUUUUUCAGGUAUGAGGGCCAGAGAGAUAACCUCACACAGCAGUCUUUCAACAUGGAACAGGCCAACUACACAAUACAAACUCUCAAAGACACAAAAACAACAGUAAGGGAUAUCAGCAGUGUGCUGACUGUAGCACUUACAAUUUACUGUAGUUGUCAUAGUUAUCUGGGUAAACAUCUCUGAUAUUGCAUUAUAGGUGGAUGCCAUGAAAAUUGGAGCCAAAGAGAUGAAGGCGGCAUACAAGAACGUGAAGAUCGAUCAGAUUGAGGUAAGCCAUUUGUCUUCUAUUUGUCUGCUCAAUAUAUUCAAGUUAUCUGGUUUGUGUUCAUCCAGGUUAAGUGAAUGUGAGGUUUCAGUGAGGAUGGCCUAUUGGGUAUUGAGAAUGGGUUAAGAGCUCUUUGUGUUCCUGAUGCAGGAUCUCCAGGACCAGCUGGAGGACAUGAUGGAGGAUGCCAACGAGGUGCAGGAGGCGAUGAGCAGAAGCUACGGGACGCCAGAGAUCGAUGAUGAUGACCUGGAAGCAGGUCAGUACUGUGAGAGCAUGACACAGCCACAAGGAAGACAAUACACUGACACUGUGUUACAACACAGUUGGUUUUGCUCCAGUACAGGAUAGGUCUAUAUUAAAACACUGCCGUAUAUCAACAGAUGGCAUCAUUUCCCACCACACUACAGAGAAGUUUGGUUCACUUCAGCAGUGAUACAACAACAGUCAAUACAGUCCUUACAUCAAUAGGAUGCAUGUAAUAAUUGUGCAUCAAUGGCUGUGUGUGUUCCCAGAGCUGGAUGCCCUGGGAGAUGAGCUGCUGCUGGAUGAUGACAGCUCCUACCUGGAUGAGGCCAGCACUGCCCCCUCCAUCCCAGAGGGAAUACCCAGCGACAGGGCAACAAACCGGGUACACAUCUGUCUCUCUCUAACCACUGUAUUUACGUUUACCAUGUUUGGUCGUGGAUCACUGGCAAACACAGCUGACAGUUGCCUUGUUCGUAGGGUUGUUUGUUUUAUAGGACAUUACAUUGAAGACACAUUUAUGCACUCAUUUAGAUGUGGUGUUUCAUAAUAAAUUGUAAUUUAUUUUGCCUAUGUUUUUCAGGGUGGAGUUCUGGUGGAUGAAUUUGGCCUGCCACAGAUCCCUGCCACAUAAUGGAUAGACAGCAGGCAGAAACCAAUGGCAACACUCCCAACUGUUUUUUUUUAUGUAUCAUAGCCUUUUUACAACAUAUAUCCGACUGACAUGCAUUAUUA